CAGAGUCGAGCUGAAGAAGUAUUCAGUCUUUUCUUUUCGAGCCUGAACCAAAAGAAUAAUCAAGAGCCAACAUGGUUGAGUGGAGUGACCAGGAGCGCAGCAUCAUCAAUGGCAUCUUUGCCAACCUGGACUACGAAGACGUCGGCGCCAAGGCUCUGUGCAGGUGCCUGAUCGUCUACCCCUGGACUCAGAGGUAUUUCGGCUCCUUCGGCAACCUGUACAACGCCGAGGCCAUCAAGACCAACCCGAACAUCGCAGCCCACGGAGUGAAGAUCCUGCACGGUCUGGACCGGGCCGUGAAGAACAUGGACAACAUCAAGGCCACCUACGCCGAGCUGAGCGUCCUGCACUCCGAGAAGCUGCACGUGGACCCCGACAACUUCAAGCUCCUGUCUGACUGCCUGACCAUCGUCAUCGCCUCAAGGUUGGGCUCCAACUUCACCCCUGAGACUCAGGCCACCUGGCAGAAGUUCCUGGCCGUGGUGGUGUCCGCUCUUGGAAAGCAGUACCACUAGAUCCUGCGCAUCUGGUCAUCAGAGGGAGAUCUAACGUCUCUUUACAUCUGUUAUGUGUCUCCUCAGUGAAGAAAAUUCAAUAAAAGCCCACUGAAGCAAAAAUGAA